AUGGUUCACUACAAGCUUACUUACUUCAAUGCACGUGGUUUUGCAGACGUCUCUCGUCAACUUUUCCACCUUGCUGAAACUCCAUUCGAAGAUGUUCGUCUUGACGCUGAGCAAUUUGCUGCUUUGAAGACCACUUUCCCCUUCGAACAAGUCCCUGUUUUGGAGGUUGACGGACAAUUUAUCCCCCAAUCUAUCGCUAUCGCUCGUUACUUAGCUAAGACAUUCGGCUUUUAUGGAAAAUGCCCCUAUGAGCAAGCUCUUGUGGAUGCUAUCGCUGACCAGUACAAAGAUUUCUUCGUCGAGAUGAAGCCCUAUUACUAUUCUGCUCUCGGACUUAUACCAGCUACCCCAGACGAAAUUAAAAAGUUGGAAACCGACAUUCUCGUUCCGGCAAAGGAUAAGUUCUUGCGCUAUAUGACCAAUUACUUGAAAAAAAGUUCCUCUGGCUUCUUGGCAGGUGGAUCACUCACAUUCGCUGAUCUCAUUGUAGCCGAACAUGUCUCAAGCUUUCUUCUUAGGAUUCCUACUUACGUUGACUCUUACCCUGAGUUGAAGACCCAUAUGGAAAAGGUUCAUGCUGUUCCUUUGCUUAAGAAGUGGAUUGAAUCCAGACCAGUCACCCGAUCUUAA